AAGGGAUGUAACUCUUAUGAUAAAAAUACCACUUCCGGGUGGGAGUAAACUCACUAAUACACACAUGACAUGUACAAUUUAACUACAAAAAGGAACACUAUUGUAUCGUUAUAAAAAGCAUGGGCUUUUGAAAUAACAUUUUGAGGCAGGACACCUAGCUCAACUUCACUACAAUUAUGGCUGACUUUUUGGCUGAAAACAAUCAAUGCGGACAGAAUGCCUUGCGGCUGGCUUCGAGAGGGAAUGCCAUAAUUGCGGAGCUGCUGCGUCUGUCAGACUUUGUACCGUCUGUGUUCCGCCUGGAUAAUCCCUUGGACUUGAGUAGAUACGGGGAACUCAUUUCAGACUUCAGCUAUUUUAAAAGCACUGAUCUAUUUGAGCACAAAAUAGAGUCUAAACCAGAGCUUCAGGACCUCGAUGAAGAGUUCAGAGAGAAUCACCUCCAGAUACUGACUCGCUUCUAUCAGGCCUUCUCCUGUGUCCACAAAUAUGUGACAGACCUAAACAGGUUCCUAGAAGACCUCAAUGAAGGUGUUUACAUUCAGCAAACUUUGGAAAGUGUUCUUCUGAACAACGAUGGAAAACAGCUCAUGUGUGAGAUGUUGUACCUGUACGGAGUCAUGCUGCUAAUCCUGGACAUGAAGAUAGACGGGACUGUCCGAGAGAGAAUGAUGGUCUCCUACUACAGAUACAGUGCUCAGAAGGCUUCAGCUGGAGACUCGAACAUAGAUGAUGUGUUGAAACUGCUGCGGAGUACGGGUUUCCAGAAUGCUGGGCCCCCAAAGAGACCCCUAAACUACCCAGAAUCCUUCUUUGCUCGGGUGUCCAUCGACCCCGAGUUUAUCAACAUGGUGAUAGGGCGACUGCGUUCAGACGAUAUCUACAAUCAGAUAUCAGCGUACCCCCUGCCUGAACAUCGGUCCACAGCUCUCGCCACACAGGCAAGCAUGCUCUACAUCCUGCUGUACUUUGAACCCGAGAUACUACACAACCAGCCUGCAAAAAUGCGGGAGAUUGUCGACAAACACUUUCCUGAUAAUUGGGUGGUCAGUGUGUACAUGGGGAUAACGGUCAACCUACUGGAUGCAUGGAGCCCAUACAAGGCCGCAGUGACUGCCCUUAACAACACCCUGGAUACCAGCAAUGUCCGGGAACUGUCGAUGAAGUACGCUACCAAGGUUACAAAGCUCCAGCCAGUCCUUGACAAGUACCUCAAGGAGGGUGUACUGGUCGAGGAAUUUAUACUGGACAGCAUCCCAAAACUGCUCAAUGUGAUGCGUGACUCCAACGUAAUCCUGCGCUGGCUCAUGCUGCACACCUGCGCACUCUCCCCCAGUGCGGAGACCAACAAGCGUUGCAAGCAGCUGCGAGACCAGGUGCUUACUGACAGCAAGUACAGUCCCCUGCACGUGUUUGAGCUACUGCUGAACACCGCGCAGUUUGAGUUCAAAUUAAAAGAGCUGUUCAAGCAGAUGUUGGCAGACAAGCAAAUGAAAUGGGAGGCGUACAAAAAGGAAGGUAGCGAGCGAAUACAGGAGCUGUCGGAUGUAUUCUCUGGAACAAAACCGUUAACGAGAGUCGAGAAAAAUGAAAAUCUGCAGGCCUGGUUUGCAGAGAUGGCUAAACAGAUCAACUCCCUGAACUAUGACGACUCUACGUCUGCUGGGCGUAAAAUAGUGCAGCUCAUACAGGCGCUAGAGGAGGUCCAAGAGUUCCACCAGCUGGAGAGCAACCUGCAGGUGCGUCAGUUCCUUGCAGACACCAGGAAGUACCUGCACCAGAUGAUCCGCACCAUUAACAUCAAGGAGGAAGUGCUAAUCGUCAUUGAGAUUGUGGCCGACCUAUCGUAUGCUUGGGAAAUCAUUGACAGCUAUACUGAGAACAUGCAGAAGGGCAUCAUGCGAGAGCCACAACUAGUCAUAAGGCUGAGAGCAACCUUCAUAAAAUUGUCCUCUGCUCUGGAGUUGCCAUGCCUACGUAUCACUCAGGCCCAGAGUGCAGACUUCAUGAGCGUCUCACAGUACUACUCAGGGGAGCUGGUGUCCUAUGUGAGGAAAGUGCUCCAGAUCAUUCCCCAGACCAUGUUCAGUCAGCUGGCCAAGAUCAUCACGCUGAUGACUGGACAGAUCAAGGAGGUGCCCACGAGGCUGGAGAAAGACAAGAUGAAAGAGUUUGCACAGCUAGACGAGAGAUACCAGGUGGCGAAACUCACUCAUUCCAUAUCUGUGUUCACUGAGGGAAUACUCAUGAUGAAAACCACUCUAGUGGGCAUUAUCAAGAUUGACCCAAAGCAGCUGUUGGAAGAUGGCAUACGCAAGGAGCUGGUACAGCAGGUGGCAAGAGCUCUGCACAACACUCUGCAAUUUAACCCAAAGGCAAAGACCAGUGAGCUUACUCCCAGGUUGGAGAGUCUUGGCGGACAGAUGGAGGGAUUCCGUCGAUCGUUUGAGUACAUACAGGACUAUGUGAACAUCUACGGGCUGAAGAUCUGGCAGGAGGAGGUGUCCCGUAUCAUCAACUACAAUGUGGAACAGGAAUGCAAUAGCUUCCUUAGGACAAAGGUCCAAGACUGGGAAAGUCUUUACCAGUCCAUAGCCAUCCCGAUUCCAAGGUUUCGUCCCGUCGAUGAAAGCGUGAACUUCAUUGGUCGAUUGGCAAGGGAGAUUAUUAGAAUCACCGAUCCAAGGUGUGCCUCUUAUAUCGACUCAAUGAAGGCGUGGUUUGAUAUAAAAACCAGACAAGAAAUAGUCAACAAGACUGUCUUCUCCAAAGUGCAACGUGCAGUAGGAACGUUUGGUCUGUCUGGCCUCGACCGUCUGUUGUGCUUCAUGGUCGUGAAGGAGCUGCAGACGUUCAGUCGGUCUGUAGAGAGGCAUGUGUUCCGUACCAAGGACAAAACGUGGCAAAACCUGUUCGAAGAGCUGGCGAAACUCCUCGCACCUGUUGAAGGCAUCAUACCUGCACCCCUGAAACUGUACAGUGUGUAUGUCACAAAGACAGCCAAACUCUGGCCGGGAUACUUUGAUACCAUGCUGAAGGUUGGCCAGAUGCAGUUGCUAAGGAAACAGAUUGCUCAUGAACUGAACACGUUGUGCAAGUUUGACUCCAACAAUCUGGCGUGUGCCUUACAGACCAUGAACACUGCCCUAUUGGCAGACAUUGAGGUCCACUACUCCGACCCUACGAAGCCCUACCCUAAGGAGGAAAACCCCCUAAUGUAUGAAAUUGCUGGGUACCUAGAGGCCUCGGGCUUCCAUGAUCCCCUAAUGAAGAUUUACAUUACAACUCCGCCGCUGCCAAACUUUCCACUCUUCAUUUUUCUGCUGGUAAUUUCACACAUCUCCAAGCUCACCUACAGCAAGCAGAUAAAUGGUCUGGUAUGCAAGAAACCUGCAGACCCCCUGGAUGCACCUCCCUUUGUGAUUGGCUGUAUCACACUACUCAAGCAGUUUCAUGUGGACAAUACAGAGAAGUUUCUUGCGUACAUGGGGCAGUACGUGAGGUCUUUUGUGGACGCCAUGCCAGGAACGAAGACUGUAGAUAUGCCCCAGGAGAUACUGAACCUGCUGGUCUACAUAGAAGAGUUCAUCUACUUCUCCGGUACAUCCAGAAAGAGAGUCGACGCUCACAUUCCUCCGUACAUCUUCGAACAGUUCCGUACUCAGUAUGCCUCGGGCUAAUGAAGUCAAUAAACAACUAGAUGAGGAGUCUAGGUCCACCAUGGGCCAUACAUGUCUAUUUUACCCUUUCCUGCUCAGAUACGCAUUUUGAUGUAGUUGAAGUCCCUUAGAAAAUCAAAUAAAAUAAGAUUGUGUCAUAGCUUACUAAAAUUCUGCUAUGGUUGUUGGUAAUAACACUUUUGAAAGUAGAUUAACGUUUUAAUAAAGACUUCAUUUUCAGCCCUUAAAUACUGAUGAGCAGCAAACCCCUUCAAACCAGAACAGAUUCCGAGUAACUGGCAUGCUGUUCUGGUUUUAUGCUGUUUGCAUAUAGACAUUGUCACUUUGCUUCUGAGUGGGAAAGGUAUAUAUAAACAGGAAAGCUGAAGACAUUUUGAACAAAGUGCUUAAUAAAUAUUGUCACUAAAAGUGUUCUGUGAUAUUUUCAUUUAUAAAUGUUAAGUAACCAUACUACAUUGUGCAAUUCUGUGGUAUCUUUAGACCUAUUAAUUAUAGUUGGAUAUUAAGAUGAGAGAGUGUUGAAAUGAUUUUAAAGUUAUAACUUACUUGUGUAUUAUUAUAUUCAAGUAUUUGCCAUAAUCUAAAUAUAACAGCCCGGAAGUACUUUGUAGUUAUGGGAGGGCAAUAUAGGAAUGACUUCAUCAUUCUGUCUGACCCAAAACUUCUUAUGAGUGUAAACAUUCAAUGAAAAAUUAACUUUAAACAUAGCAAAAUAUAUUUACAACGCUAAUGAAUUAUUGAACAUGAGAUAUAUUUAGUAAAUAUAUCAAAUAUAUUACUGACUAUGUAAUGUGUUUUUAACUUCUAUCAUUGCAAUCAUAUAUCUUUAAACUUUGAACCAUAAUAUUUUGUAGCAAAAAAGAAAUGUAUCUUGCAUAUAUGCUAAUAAAUGUUGUUGUUGUAUACAAAUGA